AUGGCCCGUUUGAGGAACCUCAAUAUGAAGGCAAAGUUUGCCGACCCGCAUGGAUGGGUCAAUGAAGAUGAUGUCUAUUACGGCUUUAUCGAGCAGAUGGCCGUGGCGCACGCUAGACGUGCCGUUGAGGAGGCUGCGGCCGCCCGGCGCUCUGGUGGGCGUAUCCGUCGCCCUCGUCGUAAGGGUCACUCCGGCAACGGAGGAAAGAAGUUCAAGGCCACGAAGAAGAAGGACUAG